AUGCGCUCGCCUCUUCCCUCUCUCUUCCUCUUCUUCCUCUGCUUCGCCCAUGGCACCACAGACAGCCACCACCACGACGGUUGCUGCGCCAAAAGGUGCCGCCACGGGCCAGAGGUCCGUUUCCCGUUCUGGCUCAAAAACCGACAAUCUCCCGAGUGCGGCUAUCGGGACUUCAACCUGUCCUGCGACAGGGACGGGCAGACUAAGCUCUCGGUCCCAAACACCCCACAAGGGCUAGUCGUCGAGAACAUCGACUACCACUCCCAGUUCGUUAUCCUGCAGGACCCCACCAAGUGCCUCCCCUUCUGGAUCCCGAACCUCAGCCUCCUUGGCUUCUCCGCUUACAAAGAACCGUCUUCGUACCAGGACCCCUACAACUACACCCUGUUCAAGUGCCCGUCGCCCGAGAGGACCGAAAUGACAGAGUUGGCUUGCCGAAGCGAGCCCGGGUCAUACAAAGUCUACGCCGUUGAUUCCUCCACCUACGUCGGAGAAUGGCCGCUGGUGUACUGCGAGAGGAACGGGAGCCUCGACUGGCUGCCAAACCCGAUCUCCAGCAUGAUCGCCAAGGCUCGUUUCGACUGGAAAGAGCCGGACUGUAGCGAGUGCACAAAGGACAGGUUGUGUCGACGGAACGGGAGCAACAUCGAAUGCAUUCCGCGUCCUCAUGGACACCCCGGUAUUGUUUUAAUAUGA